AUGGCACCCGUUACGAAGCAGUACGACUACAUCGUUAUAGGAGGAGGAUCAGGAGGAAGUGGUGCAGCCAGAAGAGCGAGCGGCUGGUAUGGCGCAAAAACAUGUAUCAUUGACGCGGGAGUCUCCGGCGGAUGCUGUGUGAAUGUUGGAUGUGUUCCCAAGAAAAUGACCUGGAAUUUCGCCUCAAUCGCCGAGGCCAUGAAGGCCGGCAAGCAUUACGGUUACUCUUUUGGAGAUGGCAACUCAUUUGACUUCAAAAGCUUCGUGGAGAAGAGGGAUGCCAGAAUCAAAGUGCUGAACGGCGCUUACGAGAACAACUGGGCUAAGGAAGGAAUUGAGUUGAUCCAUGGAACGGCGACUUUCGUCGGCGAGCACGAGAUGGAGGUCACGCCGAAAGAUGGCAGUGAGCCCUUCAGAAUAACGGCACCACACAUCACAAUCGCCACUGGUUCGUUUCCCACAAAGCCCGCAGGCAUCAAGGGUUCCGAAUACGGAAUCACUUCAGAUGAGUAUUUCUUGAUCAAGCAUCUACCGAAGAAGAUGGUGUUUGUCGGUGCUGGCUAUAUCGCCGUUGAGCUGGCCGGUGUCAUGAACGCUAUUGGUGUCGAGACACAUCUAUUCAUCCGAGGCAACACUUUCUUACGGAAAUUCGACCCCAUGAUUCAAGAUACUUUAACGAAACAUUAUGAAGACCUCGGUAUUCACGUUCACCGAAACCAUCCGGGCAUCAAGGAGGUUAUCCAACUACAAGCGGCAACGGAUGCGUCCGAUCCGCGCGACAAGCAAUUGAAGCUUAUUAUGAACGACGGGACUGAAAUGAUCACAAACGAGCUGCUGUGGGGCAUUGGCCGUGGCGCCGAAACUCGAGGACUAGGGCUCGACAAAAUUCCUAUCGAGCUCGACAAGACCGGUCACAUUGUUGUGGAUAAGUAUCAGAACACCUCUGUUCCCGGUAUCUACGCGUUAGGUGAUGUUACUGGCCAGGUCGAACUUACACCUGUCGCCAUUGCUGCUGGCAGACAGCUAGGGAACCGUCUCUUCGGGCCUCCCGAGUUGAAAGACUCACACCUUGAUUACGACCGAAUCCCAUCUGUAGUCUUCUCCCACCCAGAAGUCGGCACCACUGGCUUGACUGAACCGCAAGCUAUCGAGAGAUAUGGCAAGGACAAGAUCAAGGUCUACCACACCAAGUUUUCUGCCAUGUAUUACGAUGUUUUCCCACCAGAAGAAAAGAAGAAAGAGCCCACUGAGUUCAAACUUGUCUGUCUUCUGCCAAACGAAGAAGUUAUCGGUUUGCACAUCCUCGGCAAAGGAUGCGAUGAAAUGUUGCAGGGCUUUGGUGUUGCUGUGAAGAUGGGUGCAACGAAGAAGGACUUUGACAGUUGUGUUGCGAUUCACCCGACAAGCGCCGAAGAAUUGGUUACGAUGCGGUAG